UUUCCUGAAUCAAAUGGGACUUAUAUGGAUGACACAGGUAAAGUGCUAACGCUGAAUAAGAUAAAGUUUAACAAAACCAUAACUUUUCAUUGUCAUAUUGGAUAUAAUUUAACGUCUGGGACAUCAAAAAGGCGCUGUCAUGAUAUUGGAACAUGGAGUGGAACAAAACCAAAAUGCUCGCCUAUAACGUGUACUAAACCAAAAGAGACACCCUGUGGAUACUAUUCUUCAAACAUAACGACAUCGGAGGUUCCUGCUGUAGAAUUCUCGUAUAACACUACACUACUUUUUGUCUGCAAUAAUUCCAAAUAUUCUUGCCUAAACAAGACACAAGAUAUAAGAUGUUCGGAAAAUGGUGUAUGGUCUGAUAACAAACAUUUAUGUGGUGUACUUAAAGACAUCAAACAAGAGCAAACUGGGGAAAACGACGCCGAAAAUACGAAUUCAGAUGCAUUAAUAGGUGCCAUUUGUGGUGUAGUCUUUAUCAUAGGAUCUGGAGUCUUUGUCACAUUUAUCAUUUUGAAAAGGCGAAAUAUUUUUAGGCGAAAAAAAUCUGACGAUGAAAGGCAGUCAUUUAGAAGUUCUCUUACACAUGCAACUGACCUGGAAAUAUUCAUUGAUGGCCAGGAAACGAAUAUUGUUACAGAACGUACACAGAUAGGAAUGGCAGAUACAUCAAGGAACACAAAUAGAGUAUAUAUCAAUACAACAGUUGGAGAUUCCGGCAACCAAACCUACUAUGACUUUAGGAACUCCGAAUCUUUGCCUAAAACAGCAAUAAAAAUAGAUGAUCUUCAAGAUGUUGUGUUUAAUGGAAAUAAUGGGAAUAAAAUAUUUGAAACUCAGUUUAAGGCUCUACCACAAGGUAUGGUUGAAAACUUUUCUGAAGCUGUCAAGUUAGAAAACAAAGGGAAGAAUAGAUAUACGAGACUUUAUGCUUAUGAUGACACACGAGUUGUUCUAAACACAGAUGAGGAUUCAAGCACGGAUUAUAUUAACGCAUGUUAUGUACAUGGUUUCAAUAAAUCAAGAAAAUAUAUAGCGACGCAAGGACCAACAAAGAACACUGUGGCGGACUUCUGGUGGAUGGUUUGGCAGGAGGACACCAGCAAAAUUGUAAUGCUGACAAACUUAAUAGAAGAGGGAAAGAAUAAGUGCAUAAAGUACUGGCCUGAUGACAUGGAGGAAUCUUUUGGAAGUUUGAAGAUUUGCCUUAAAAAGGUGGAAACACACUCCCAGUUUGAUAUAAGGACUCUAUCGGUUAAAAAGGUAAUGUCAAGCUAUAAUAAUAAUUUGAACAGCUUAUUUAAUAAUAUUGAAUGUUUGGAGCGAAUCCCCGCUGAAAAGAUGGUAACUCAGUUUCAUUUUACGGUAUGGCCUGACAAAGGUAUUCCAAGAUAUGCAUCUGCACUAGUUCACUUUUUGAAAAAGGUGAACAAUGCUCCUACUCACGGUAGUGGUCCGAUUAUUGUACAUUGCAGUGCUGGAGUGGGAAGAACUGGAACCUAUAUCGCCCUAGACUAUCUGACAGACCAGGGGAAAACACUUGGAUACGUAGAUGUUGCUGGGUGUGUUGAUUCUCUAAGAAGGCAGAGAGUUAGUCUUGUGCAAACAUUGAUAACGCGUUUGCCAAUGUGUCUUGAGGAUUUUAUGCCGUUCGUAACAAGAGAUGAUGGGAAACCUGUCUAUAUCAAUGCCGUGUUCUUGCCGAGUUACAACGAGAAGAAUGCAUUUAUCAUAACACAAUCGCCUUUGAAAAGUACACGAGAAGAAUUCUGGAUGCUUGCCUGGGAACAAGAAGUUCACACAAUUGUCAUGUUGAACAGCACUGAUGAGAUAGAGAAUGACGAGAAAUAUUGGCCUGAGGGGAAAACAACUGUUUUCGGAAACAUUCAUGUUUCAAAAGAAUCAACUGAUACGGCCAGUAAUCAUAUCGUUUUGACGCUGUCCCUGAAGAAAAAUGACACGACACGGCGUAUCAAACAAAUACGAUGUGGAGGGUGGAGAAAAGGCAAUGUAUUACCUGAUUCGCCAGACACUAUAUUGUCCUUGCUAGAAACCGUGCGGGCAUGGCAACAACAAACGGGAAAUCAUAAAAUUCUUGUUCACUGCAUGAAUGGAGCAGAUAGAAGUGGUUUAUUUUGUGUCAUAUCAUCAGUCAUAGAACGUAUGAAGAUUGAACAAGAUGUUGCUAUAGCGUCUGUUGUAGAAGAAAUGAGAAACGCUAGGGAACAAAUUAUUCCCUGUUUAGAACAAUAUCAGUUUUGCCAUGAAGUGGUUCUUAACUUCAUACAACAGUACGACACAUAUUCAAACUUUCGAAGUUAAUGGACUUACAAACAUUCAUGACCAAACCAAUAAAAACCACAAUGCAACUCUCCGGUGCUUCAAAUGUGCUGUAGUUUGUGUCAUCAGAUGUUAUUAUGUUUCUUUUUGAUGAAUUUGAUGAAUAGAAUUUCGCUUCAUAAAUAUAAAUAUUCAUUUUAUAUCACAUUUGUGUUUAUUAUAAACAAUAUAGUAAAG